CAUGAAAAGCUUUGUGCUAAAUUGUUAAACCCACAGCUGAUGAAGUCAAUUCACCAGGCUUCACCAGUUGCUCAAACAAUUUGUUUGGAAGGAUUCCUUUCUGUCCUGAAUCAUUUUUCUCCAAAAAUGAUUCAUUAUUCCUAUGUUGGAAUGUAUUGCAGACACAUUUUGGCAUCCAUCCACUUCAACAACAACUUAAGACGUGAUGUAAAGAUGAAGAAUGAUGGCACUUUCCAAAUAAAUGUAGUGUAUCCAAAGUUUAAAAAUGGUGAAGGAACUGUGAGGGAUGUCAGAGUUAAGCCCAAAUUUGAGUAUGUGGAUGAAUUAUUUGAGAGUGUGAUGCUGUCAAUAAAAGACAAAGACGCAUUAUCAAAUUCACAAAAUCUUUUGAAAGAAAUGUCCCCACCACCAAUGAAUGUCAUGCUGCAAAAGCAACCCAGAUCUAAGGUGCUACUAAAACAGGUCCGUCGAAAAUGCAUUGUGGUCAAUGAUGUCCCCCCCUCAAUUCCAGCCAAAAUGUUUGACAUGCAAGAAGCCAAUGAA